UUGUGAGUGCACCAUCUAUUCAUUUACAAAUACCUUUACACUUCCAUAAAUAAAGAAAAACAUGAAAUGUGUUCCAGCCAGCAUAAUUUCAUCUCGGUGGAAAGAACUGCAAAAAGAAUGAGAAACCCCAUUGUUGACAAAGCGAAGAUGCAAAGUUGCUUCUUGAUGCCCUUGUCAGCACGCGACCGGACAGACGAACGAAAUGUCGUGUAUGCUCAUCGUCAGUCUGGCGCAUAAAACAGCAUAAAAAGAGGUAUGGCACCGUCCGGGGCUGCAUAAAAUACAUUAUAAUGAUAUGAGUAACGCGACGAAUGAAAAAGCACUCGCAUGAAAAACCAUCGAAACAGAAAGCGAACACACAGAAAAGCGACAGGGACAUACGCCGCAAAACAAGUGGGAUAGCCGGAUAGUGUUCGGAGUAUCGCAGCAACAAGAAACAAACUGCCCGAGUGGAAACGUACGGUUUCAUAUCCAGGCCUGGUGUGUAUCGCUGCGACCAGACACGGAACGGUACGGUCGAACGUCGAAGCGAGCAGGAGCAACAACGCGAAAGACUUCCACUUCAAGUACACGAAGCACGGCAGCGGUAACAGUUAUUACAAACUUCAAUUACCAUCGUCGUCCUCGGGGCCAGAUGCUCGGCAGUCAGAUGGGGCCAGAUAGAUGCUUGCCAGCCGUAGUGUAGAGUGGUGGUGCACGUUUGAUCGUCCGUUGAUCGUUCGCGAUCGUGCGUUUGGCAAAGCGAAUGUGAUAGGUGAGCUUUCGUUGAGGUUGUUGUGUAGUGCUGUUCUAGAUGCGUGAACGGUUGCGCGGGUUCGUCGCUUGUGAACUUUUAACGUUUUAAUUCCAUACGCCGCCAUAUACGCAACUGUGCAAGCGUUGCGACAUACGAGUGUCGUAACUCGCCAACAAUCCGAGUAGCGCGAGUACGAUUCCAGCGAUGCAUGUGUUGAAGUAGUCGUUAGAGACUCUGCAGUGCAUGCAGAAGAGAUAACACACGUGAGCUAAGAGAAAGAAGUAAAAGUGAUAGAGUGAAAUUGUUGGUGCCGGCGGGUGCAGUGCAAAACUGGUUUUUACUUCAUUUGCUUCGUUAUUAGACGCAUACAAGCGCAUACAAAGACGGAAGUUUGAAAGUGAAAGAGUGCGGUUUUGCAGAAGCGGGAAUUUUGAAAAGAAUUUGGCGCGACGAUACCUAACUACACUAAACAAUAUGUUAGCAUCCAAAGGAAAACCUUUCUCGUUCGAUCAGACCGAGCUUAAUCCAUCCCGGAAUAAGCCAUCUAUACGACGAACGAUGAUGGAUGUGAUAGUGUUCUUACUAGCGUCGUUAGGAUACAUACUGCAGGCAAUUUACUAUCAAAUAUUCGGCGUACCAAAGAAAGACUUGAACGGAGAGAUAGCCUUAGUGACUGGCGGUGGUGGUGGUCUUGGACGAUUGCUAGCCCUUCGACUCAUAAAGCUUGGCGCCAAGGUUGUGCUGUGGGAUAUAAAUCAGGAAGGGCUAGAUGACUCGGUGAAGCUGAUCCAAUCCUUAGGAGGCCUCUGUAAAGGAUACAAAGUGGACAUCUCGAACAAGGAAGAGGUGUACAAGUAUGCGAAAAUGAUACAGGAAGACAUUGGUGAUGUUACGUUACUAUUCAACAAUGCAGGUGUCGUAUCUGGUCGCGCCCUUCUAGACACUCCGGAUCACUUGAUAGAACGAUCUUUCAGCGUCAACGUACUGGCACAUUUCUGGACGACAAAGGCAUUUCUACCGGCAAUGUUGAAAAACGACCAUGGACACAUUAUAACUAUCGCUUCUCUGGCUGGCCAUGUCGGUAUAUCGAAACUGGUCGAUUAUUGUUCCAGUAAGUUUGCUGCGGUUGGCUUUGAUGAGGCAUUACGGUUGGAACUUGAACAUCUUCGAGCCCAAGGUGUUUUUACGACAGUGAUUUGCCCAUAUUUUAUACAAUCGACUGGAAUGUUUGACGAUGUAAACUCCAGAUGGGUCCCUACUCUGGAUUCGAAUGAUGUGGCAGAUAAAAUCAUUGAAGGUGUCCAGAAAAAUGAGAAGUACGUCAUAAUCCCCGGAUAUUUGCGCCUAAUGUUGGCCAUCAAAUGGGUAUUUCCUUGGGGAUGCAAUUCCGGAUUCUUGCGACGUUUGGUACCGGACGCUGCUCCUCAACACAGUAUGACACCGGUUAGCAAUCCGGAAUGCGAUACCACAAAAGAGAUGGCUAAUACGUUUGCCAGUGAUAAUAAUAAUACUACGAAGUCAUCACCCCUUCUUGUCCACAGACAAUGCACUGGCGAGCGUGUGCUAUAAACAAAUGCAAACUAUGCGAUUCCUUAGUAAAUUAAGGUUGAGCCAACCAGUGUGUGGAGGAAAAACAUCAUUUUAAUGCUCAAACCCGGAGCAAUGUAUCUGUUAGCCAUUGUCAAAAUGAUUCAAUUUAGCUUAAGACGUUACCAUAAUCUGCUGGAUAUAUCCUGGGUGAUUUCGAAUAAGGAGUGAGAUAAAAUAGUGAGACAGAGGAAUCGGAUUCGAUGUUGUGGCAUGUUGUGAGAAUGCUGAUUUAACAAAGGAAAUAAAUAUGGUAAAACUGUAUUAAUUAAUUGGGGAAAACAGUGUGCUGAAUAGAGAAGCAAGGUUUGUAAAACUACAAACGGGCAUGAGGAAUUUCAGUUAAGUACGGGUAUGCAUCACUACUUGCCCUGUUGUUAAUGUUAGCAUCGUGAUUAUCUGCGACUUACUUCAAGCGGUGUGUGAAGCCGAUCUGUUCCGAUUGAGUAGUACAGCUUCAGAAGUAUGUUCUGCUGCAUUCGGUUCUGUUGCACUUUAUUCCACGAUUGUACUACAAUGACACAAUAAACCAUAAAUGACAAACAA